UUAUUACGGACAAAGCGAUGCAAACCAAUGAUGAUGUUGAUCCUUUAAUUGGUGGAAAUUUGCUCCAUAAAUGCUCUAUUCCGGCGCAUAAACUGCAAUUGCUGCGCUCCGCCGCGCCUCUGAUUGAAGAGGAGCCCCAGAAGCCAUGGAUCUCCUUGAACAUCAAGUACCUGCCAUCAAUGGUGGAUAUGAGCUUCAAACAGAGAGAUGUUUACAUAGAUGUUGGUGCCCGCAGCUCUGUUUCCAGCAUUGGUAGUUGGUUCAAGAAGCAGUACCCUAAGCAAAACAAGACCUUCGAGAUUUAUGCAAUUGAGGCUGAUAGAGCUUUCCAUAAUGAGUAUGCAUCCAAGAAAGGGAUUAAGAUGCUACCAUUUGCUGCUUGGGUUCGGAAUGAGUCCAUUUCUUUUGAGGUAAACCAUGAUCAGGACCCAAAGAGUGAUGAGAGAGGAAGUGGAAUAGGCAGAACCCGAGCUGCUGGAGCUUCUUCAAAUGACCUCUCCUCUGGCCACUUGCAUAUGAUUCAAGGUUUUGAUUUUGCUGAGUGGCUGAAGAACACAGUGUCAGAGAAAGACUUUGUAGUGCUGAAGAUGGAUGUGGAGGGGACAGAAUUUGAUCUGGACACUUGGCUUGGCUAUCCUUGCCAUCAUGAUACUCGUCUCUUGCAUCUUCUUCUUCCUCGGCAGCAAAUCCGAUUCAUCCCGAUCAUCCCUUCUUCGGUUGUUCAUUUUUCCUACGAAGCCAGAUUCGGCACCAUCAUCAAGAGCAUUUCAAGCAAAUUCAGUGAACUCGUGAGGGCGGCACCGGAGAUGCCGCCAACCACCUCAACAUCAUCUCGUCGGAAAUAUCGCUGUCGUGGAUCGGACAAGCCGUCCAUCUCUCCUGCAGUAUUUUUUCUUUUCUGCCCAAGCGUCAGGGGGAGCUGCGUUUCCAAACAGACCUUCUCCAAGCAACCAUCAGAACCAGAGACCUCUCUACAUUCUUCUCUGCAGCCGGCAAUUCAUGUAGCUUCUGUUGCACCUUGUUUUUUUUUUACUAUGCAAGCAUCGUCAGUCGUCGGAGUCAAUUUCUGUCAAUCAAAUCCGUAA